GUCACAUUCCUGCAUUCCCUGUGCUUGUGUCAGAGCCGGGGUGGGUGUCUGCUCCUGGGCACUGGGCAGGACCCCCCCAGCCAGCCAGGACUCAUGCACGCCCCAGCAGGAGUCUGACAUCAGGACCCCUCUGCCAGACCCCCCUGCUCCCCGGCCUGGGACCCUCAGCCAGGGAAGCAAGGCUCCCUCCAUCCUUGGUUCCUCUCCUGGAGUGAUGGAAAACUCCUCUGUGGCAUCUGCCUCCUCUGAGGCAGGGAGUAGUCGAUCUCAGGAAAUUGAAGAGCUGGAGAGAUUCAUCGACAGUUAUGUCCUUGAGUACCAAGUCCAAGGGCUGCUGACUGACAAAACAGAAGGGGACGGAGAGAGCGAGAAAACACAGUCCAAUAUCUCUCAGUGGACAGCGGAUUGUAGUGAGCAGCUAGAUGGCAGCUGCUCCCCAUCCAGAGGGAAGGGCUCCUUGGCUAAUGAACGCAAUCAGGAAGAGUGGGAUCACAGCAGCAGUGGGAGUUCAGGAUCCCGGCCUAGUUCAGGCUCCAGGCAUGGGUCUGGAUCAAGGUCUGGCAGCCGAGGCAGAAGCAGCCAGUUCAGUCAAUCAACCAAGAACGGCAACAAAGACAGCUCCCUUGACAUGCUGGGCACAGAUAUCUGGGCAGCCAAUACCCUUGAGUCUUUCAGUGGUGCAACCUGGGAUCUGCAGCCGGAAAAGCUGGAUUUCACACAGUUUCACCGGAAGCUGAGGAACACCUCCAAACACCCUCUCCCCCACAUAGACAGAGAAGGGCUUGGGAAAGGGAAGUAUGAGGAUGGAGACGGGAUCAACCUGAACGACAUAGAGAAGGUCCUUCCAGUCUGGCAGGGUUACCAUCCAUUGCCACAUGAAGCUGAAAUUGCACACACCAAGAAGCUGUUCAGACGGAGGAGAAAUGACCGGAGUGCACUUGGGAGAAGAACGGAAGCGCUAGCUGCCUCUUAUUCUAAUGUUGCGUGUGAUGCCCCAGGGGAGUACCUCCACAUUAAAAUUGAUUUCUUGUCGCGACAGCAGAGGCCUCCAGGUGGAAACAAAUCGCAGCAGCACACGGAUAAUCAGCAAGGGAGCACCAAACACAACAGGGAACACCAGAAACUCUACCAGGGAGGCCAAGCCCCGCACUCCUCGGGGAGGACAGGCCACCAUGGGUACAGCCAAAACCGGCGAUGGCACCACAACCAGAAGCACUCGCCCAAUGACAAAGAAACGCACAGAAAUGCCAAAGAGACUGAGAAUCUGAAAAUCGAGGAUGCCUCUGUCUGCACAGUGCACAUCCCCCUGGAGAUGCACCGGAGCACAGAAGCGGUGGAGAAGCAGUCUCAGCAGUAUAUUCAGGAGCAGGAAACCAAGCGGAAAGAUAGUAUUCAUGAGCGCAUCGGGGAAAGGCCCAAGAUCAACUUGCUUCAGUCAUCCAAAGACAGACUGCGAAGGAGACUAAAAGAAAAGACGCCUUGUCUUUCCCUUUUCGCGGACCAGGACGAAGUCACGGUGGAGACGACCAACCCCGAAAAGAACAAAAUGGACAAAUUAAUUGAAAUCCUCAACAGCAUGAGGAACAACAGCAGCGACGUGGACUCGAAGCUCACCACCUUCAUGGAGGAGGCCCAGAACUCCACUAACUCGGAGGAGAUGCUGGGCGAGAUUGUCAAGACCAUUUACCAGAAAGCAGUCACGGACCGUAGCUUUGCCUCCACAGCAGCCAAGCUGUGCGACAAAAUGGCGCUCUUCAUGGUGGAAGGGACCAAGUUCCGAAGUUUGCUCCUCAACAUGUUGCAGAAGGAUUUCACAAUGCGGGAGGAGCUGCAGCAACGGGACGUGGAGCGCUGGCUGGGGUUCAUCACCUUUCUCUGCGAAGUCUUCGGCACCAUGAGGAGCAGCACUGGGGAGCCCUUCCGGGUCCUUGUCUGUCCCAUUUAUACCUGCCUCAGGGAGUUGUUGCAAUCUCAGGAUGUGAAAGAAGACGCUGUCCUUUGCUGUUCCAUGGAGCUGCAAAGCACAGGCCGGCUGCUGGAGGAGCAGCUGCCCGAGAUGAUGACAGAGCUGCUGGCAAUAGCACGCGACAAGAUGCUGUGCCCCUCGGAGUCCAUGCUGACACGGUCCCUCCUCCUCGAGGUCAUUGAGCUGCACGCCAACAACUGGAACCCCCUGACGCCCACCAUUACACAGUACUACAACAAGACAAUCCAGAAACUGACAGCCUGAGAAGGAAGGGAGGUGGGGAGAAGGAAGAAGACAUGCACCUUAAAAGGAAACAGGAAAGGACUGUGCUACAAAUUGAUCAGCUACUGGAGAGGGAGAAGCAAGACCCUUUACGAUUCAAUACCUAAGAAGACAAAACGCCAGCAUGCUUAAGAAUAUGUUCAUGGGGUGGGGGUGGGGGGAGAAGCAUGUUUCUUUUCAGCUGUGUUGCCAAGUGCCAGCCCUCUUCCCUGCCGUGUUUUUGUUUUAGGUUUCUUUUAUUAAACCAUUGCUCAUGCAGCAGUGCAUCCCGCCGUGUCAUUGUCUGGCUUCAGAAAAGAACACGGAGAAUUUGAAAAGCGAGUGGAAGUGCAGGCGAGUAUUGUUUUCACACCAUUCUCUUGGCUUGCACUGGCCAACUGGCAGGAGACACCGCGCAGCAGAUGUCUUGGGAGGACAAAGAAAGACACGUUCCACUCCAGACGCUGGUAAUUGACGGCUUUUGUCAAGCGGAGCUUUCGUUCUCUUUUUUCUUUUUUUACCCUCCUCUUGUCUUCAACUUUUUCUCCCCCACCCAUGCCCUCCAAAAUCUGAUGCUAGACUAGGACUUCACACCAGCUGAAUUUUUAUUUGCACUGGGUUUUCUUUCUCUUUGCUCUUUUGUUUUGCUUUGUUUUAAAUGAACAGUUGCUAUCAACUUUAAAACAAGAAAACAACUUUAUGAUGUGAGCCCGUGAGUGGUUCACACAAAGAUGCUAAAUUAAAAGGAGAAGUAAAAACAAAAUAAAAUAAAAUAAAAUAAGCCACUUUAGACGUACCCUAGCCACAGUCAUCUUGCCAGUAGCCUGUUACAGUAGUUGAAAAACGUGUGCUGUGUGCUGGGAACUCUCAGAAAUGCAGGAAUUCUGCAGUCGUUCGCUGUUGCCGUUAAAGACUUGAGAUCCCUCAUCCACUACACUAGGAUCCGGUUUGGUUUGUUUGUUUGUUUGUUUGUUUAUUGUUUGUUUAAAGAGUGCUUUAUUGUAAUUAAAGUCACAGUUGUAAUUAUACAGUUAAACCUGGCCCGUUAUAGCUGGGCCUAAUAAUAUACGGGGCGAGGGGGGAAAUGACUUGAAAUUCAUCUUUGGAAACCAAUAAAUAGAGGACAGUAAGUUAUAUGGCAUUUGCAAGGGAAAGAAAAAAGAAAAGCCAAAAAAUAUAGGUUUCUAGUUUGGCUUCUGACUAGCUAAGUUUCCUAAUGAGUGUGUCUAGGUUGGUAUUACAUAGAUGUGGAACUAGAAAGGUGAGGCUUCCCGCUCUUCGCAUCCCUUGAAGGACUGUCUUUUAAUCAAUGUAACUCCCGGGGGGAGUGUGCUCCACGUGGUGUGUUUCUUUCCCCAAAAUAAGUGUUAGGAGAAGAGCAAUAUGAAUGUCUAGAGACAGAUAUUGGAGGUAGCAAAAGGAGGAGGCCCACCCCACUGGACUUGUCCAUGUGUGGCCAGUCCGGUGAGGCUACGAAUCUGUCACAGCCCCAGCAAAGGACCUGCAUGCAACAGUUGAUGCCUUUAGUUUUACGGGGGUCUCCAGUUGAAUCCUGGGUGUGUCAGUCGAAACAGAGGGUGUCACAUACAGGGAGGCUUGUGUGGGAUUUGAAUUGCCGUGUCCAUCGAGUGUCCAGUCCGCAGAGGGUGCCCCCUCAGCUAGGGAACAUUGAUGAGUCUUUAGCUAAAGCUGUGGUGGCUCGUGCUUUUAGCCUUCGGGGUUCCCCGUUCAAUCCCAAAUUGCCUGCCCAGACGAGUUUUAUUAGUAUUAGAGACAUUGUGAGCCCCUGUAUAGGGAAGCUGCCGUCAGGAAUGUAAGUAAGCAUCAUAUUGACUAGAUUAGGGUCAGCGGAUACAGAACCGUAUCUCUCCGAGGCUCUCAGUGAUGCUGACACCAAUGAACCUGAGCUGUCUGGACAAGGGGGGAAGCAUUUUCAAAACUUCCCCCGUGCAGUCAGGCCUACAGGGAGGAGAGAGACCAGUGAUUUGAGGUGACUAGGAAGAAGGCAGACGGUAUGUAUGUAGCGUGUGUUAUUAGGCUGAGACAGUCUUAAAAUAAGGAGUAGUUUUGAAGCACGUGCAAAUUUGGCAGAGAUGGCAGCUUCUGAGCAUUCGGGACCUUUAUUUCAUAAAGACUCCAUGCUAUACCAGGUGUGUGAUUUCUGAGACGAGCAAAGCUCCCCACUAAACCCUUCCUUGGGGCCUGAUCCUACAGCGGGGUGAAACCUUUCAUUUCCAGUGAAGUCCACGGACCUUGUGGAUGCUCAGUGCUGCCCAGAAAGCACGUAGUGACCUAAGGAUCUAAUUCCCAAUGCAUCGGGCAAGGCAAGUGAUUUGGGAGAGUGUGGUAUUUAUUUGUUUGGGGUCAGAGCAUUUUUAACCACACUUUUAAGACGUGUUAACUAGUUUUGGAUUAUUUUUGGAGACGGAACUCUUUUCUGGUCCAGCAUUUGAAAUGUGCUUUGAAGUCACUUAUUUUGGCAGUGUUGUAUUGGUAAAGAGGGACUGCCAGGCCAUUACUUCACUUCCUAAACGGUGACCAGGAAAUGAUGUCAGGGCUUGGUGGUUUCCUUAUUUGCUUCUUUAUUGAUGCUUUUACUUACUAAAUCACUUCUGGUGCUUACUUGAUGAAGUCUAACAGAAAUGGAAAGAGGAAUUUCCCUGUAUUUGUUCAGGGCACGUUACAGAGGAAAGCUAGAAAGUGAAGCUAGAAUAGAUGACCCUCCUCCCAUACACAUGCCACCUGACCAUAGCCACCUGCAUCAGAUGGAUCAGGCAGUGAUCAGUAGUUCCUGUAUAACCUUUGCACAAUUGCAUUGCUGCAACAGGUCUAGAAAACACUCUUGGGAAAUCCAUUUCAGUGUUUAUAACACGCACAAAUUAUUUUCCAAAAGGCAGUUUGCGGUUUGGGCUACUGAUCACUGCUUGAAAUAUGUUGGGGGUAGUGGCAUAGUCCAUUUUUUUUUCUCUACGUUCCUCUUAUUAUUCAAUUUACUUUCCUUUCCCCUGGUAAUGACAACACAUACGGAUAUGGCAGGCCCACCCCACCCCAUGGAAACAGUACAAUUCCUAAUUAAAAACAAGGCCUGAACACAAGCCCCCAGAUCCAAACCACCAGCAGCUGCAGGGCAAAGCAGAUCUGAAACUAAGCUCUGCAACUGAGACCCAUCCCUUCUUCCAAUAGGUUUAAUUUCUGCCAGCUUGUUGAGAUGAAUAAAGAUUCAAUCCAGAUCUUUUUUGGAUGUUCAGGAUGUUUUAUGGAGGCGUAAAAGAAAAUCAGAUCCGUCUGUGACUUGAGGAAAAAAAAUUACAUGUGGGAAGCCAAGUUUGAGGGCAGAAAUUUCCAACAGAGAAAAUGCCACAGGAGGAGAAGAGAUUUGUUUCAUGAUUCGCAACUAUUUGAACUUUUCAGCUUAUGGUCGGCUGGGUGUUUUCGAAGGCACAUAUGAAGCAAGGGAAAACAGCAGGAAACAGGAACUUCAAUUGUAAUGUCUCCAAGAAAGAAAGAAAAAUCCAUGAUUCAACUGUGAAACAAUUCUCUAACGUUGCUGGGCUUCUCUAGAAAGAUUGAUUUCUGUUCUAGGAUUGACCAGGGUCGACUGGCAAGCUAGCACUUCUUCCCUGAGUUACAUCAGGAAACGAGAAGUAUUGUCAUAACAGAGGCAUGAAUGUUGUGUCUCGGAUAGUCGGGAGAGGUUGGACUUUAUAGGACCAACAAGGUUCAGCAACAUUAUAAGCAUCUGUGUUGUAUAUUUUGACUCAAAACCCUCCAUAAACGUCUGCUCCUUGAGGACCCAUUCCUUGGGAUAUGGAAGAAGCGAUCAUUUAAAACUGAAUGGAGUACAGCCUCGCAAAAUUGUCACAGUUUUUUAGAACUCCAGGCACAAAAUCUACGUUCCCUUUUCUCAUCAGGAUGGUACAGACUGAAGGCAAAGAUUGGGGGUUUUUUUAAAUAAAGAAAAUUAUCCUGGAUGAAUAGAUCUUUUGACCCUAGGUGACUUCCUGCCCUUGGGGCAGGGGGCUGGACUCGAUGAUCUCCUUUCCAGCCCUAAUGUCUAUGAAUUUUUCAAGGCUGAUCUAGUGUCACGGAUGCUUCCAAUGUGUGGCUGGUACGCAGUUGAGUAUAGGCUUGCUUUGUGAGCCACUCAACAUCACUAUUUAAGUAGUUUUACUGAUUCAGUUGCUGCUCGUUGUUCCAGAAUAAAGGGGGUGGGAAUUAGAUUUAGUUUUGAUUUUUUUUUUUAAGGGGAAGUGGGGACAAAAAGACUGGCACGAGCCGAGCCCUAAUGGGAAACACGUACCAUGAUCAAACAUGAUGGUAGGUUGGAGUACUAGUGCCUCUGAUAACCACCGUCCUCACUUCCUAUUCCUCCAGGCCCUACCAGUAAGCUUGCCGAUUUAUGUGGCUUGUGUCUUCCACCUGAUAGUAUCCCACCGUUUCCAGUUUGACCUUUGAAUGUAUCAAAGGAAGAAAAUGGAAAACCCCAGAGGAGAACUGGAUAUUGCAUUCCCAAGACCUUGAAUUCUCACCUAGUUGCUGGCAAUUUUCUUGAAGCAUUAAGAGGCAAAGCAAAGCCACGUGGCAGUCAUUCUGUUUAAGUGCUUCCCCACUGCCCACCCUAAGGUUUAUUCAUUGCUUUCCUUUAAUAGAGAAGGCCUUCUACCUGUGGCCCUGAACCCAGGAACACUGGCUUAAUGGAUUUGGCCCCUUGCUUUGUUCUGCAGUUCUGGGAUUUCUCCCAACCUUCCUUGGACAAUGUCUAAAAACUACUUGUGAUGUGGAAUCCAUCUUUUUAAUGAUUGUGAUUUAUAUCCAACAUUUAAUUAAUGUAUGUUCAUUCUGCCAUUAACUGCUUUGUAAUUUGAUAUUUUGAUUGCGCCAUCAAUAUGUGUGAAUCUAAAUGUUGACUGAAAAUGUAUUUUUUUCCCCUGGAUUUAUAAACACCACCAAUCCUAUCUUUUUAAAGUCCAUGAGUAACUGUCAGAUGUACAUGUGAUGUUACUAACCACUGAACAGUAUUGCUAGGGAAUGAAGGAAACGGCACAACAUAGCUUUGCUCUUAGUCUAAGGUUGGUGACAAUUUUUUGUUCCCAGGUUUCUAGAAUAUCUGGAAACUGCCCGCCGUUUGGAUGUGAAGAUGUCACCAGUAUCACCAGUAUCUUACUGGUGUAAGUAACAUCCUAUAAGAUGCUCUGUGUUGGGAGACUCCUGUACCAGAGAGGUAGCUGGAUUCAGUAUCAUGAAUCCAUGAGAUGUCUGUAAAGCAGAGGACUGGUUUUUACAUGUCUGUGUUUCAUUGUAAGAAAAAUUCAACAUGAGCUUUUUUGGCUUUCUUUAAAGACUGCAAAUUUUUAGUGUCUAUCAAAUAACCUCCUGAAGGAGUAUGAGCAACUGUUUCUGUUAGGCAAUGGGAAGUAUCCACCUUUGUGCUCUUCUCAGUAAAAAUAGUUGACAGACUUGUUCCCUGAAAACUAAACCAGCUCAGAGUGGAGAGAGGGUAGUUAGAUGCACUGGGGCAAAACUUCAGCUGGUGUAAGUCAGACUAGCUUCUUUGCAGAGAUGGCAUUUUACACCAGUUGAGCAUCACCCCCUUCAUACACAACCCAUUGAAAUGGCCUUGCUUUCUCCCUUGGGAGACAUCCCCUCACUUGCAAUUUGCAGCAGAUCCAGGUUGAGACCAGCAGCAGCGGUGUUGGAAAGCCCCUGAGAUGCUACUGGGCAGGCACAAAAUGUUUUCUGAACAAUACAGCAACUACAUUUGCCAUCAGGAUGGAGGAGGAGGGGGAAAGCUCAAAUGAAGAACAGAUUUGUGGAGUCCUCUGCUCGAGCAUGGUUAGCUGUCUGCCCAGAGUCUAUAUGGCAUGUGAUUAGACUGGUUCCUAGUGAAAUUAUUUCCGAGCCGAAGGAUUUAGUUUUCCACAGUGUGACUUGUUUUUUUUCUCUCCCAUGAAACUUCACCACUGUUUGGAGAAAACUCAUUUAUAUGAAGGGUGAAGCCUGAAGGGGGUGAAAGCAGUAAAGUAAGCAAUGUGCUUGGAUCUCUCUCUUCCCCCAAAGGAGCUUAAUUAGUAUCUAUUCUUGGCAUGAUGAAUGACUAUGAAAGAAAAAUUGUCAGAAGACCCUAUGAUUUAUUUUCAUACUUAUUUUUACAGUAUCCCUCACUUGGAAGUCUCUCAAAAUCUUAAAUUUGUUUUUUAUUUCCCCUGUGGGUAUUUUAUAGAUUUACACUAAUUUUGCUCUUCUCAGUUAGUUAUUAUCCCAACCAGUUGGGUACUUCUCUGAUCUUCAGGAAAAAUAACACUCAAGUUUUUCCAAGUCCAGUGUCAAAAACAAAAGGAGCUGUGGUUUCCUUCAGAAUGCAGUUACGCUAACAAUUAAUUUGGGGGGGGAGGCAGGGGAGUGUAUUUAUUGCAUUUGAAAAGCAAUAUUUUUAAUUUAAUCAUUUAUUGUAUUUGUUAAACUAAGCGCUUUAAAAAAAAGAAAAAAUACUUUUUGGGGGGCGGGGGGAGACAGUCUAGAUGUUCCUACUAGAGAAAAAGAAAACCGCCAUUGUUUUCAGCAUUUCAGUGACUGUUAAACGCGGGAGACGAUAACUCUCCGAGACAAUUCUGUCUUGUUUCUAGAACAUCCAGCACCACUGUAUGCUAUAAAAUACAUCAUCUGAGUAAUAAAUGUUUAAAGCUUGA